CGGGGGGCUUGCGCGUACCCGCCUCUAUAAAACUGGCUCACACCGCUCGUUCCUCAGCAUUACUUGCUCAAACGUCCCACGUGACGUACGUCACUUUGCCUAAAUAAUAAAAUUCGCUAUUUCAGUAUUCUAUUUAUACAUUUUAUUUGUAAGAAUUGAAGAAAUAUUCUAGUCAACAAUGGCUUACCUUCAAUCGAUGCCUAAAUCUGAAACUAUUAAGCUACGUGAAAAGCAUGUUGGAUCGGCUUGUCAGCUAUUCUUCAAAUCGGCUCCGCUGAAAAUCGUGCGAGGCGUUGCCCAGUUCAUGUACGAUGAGACGGGUGAACGGUAUCUCGACUGCAUUAACAACGUCGCUCAUGUGGGCCACUGUCACCCUCACGUGGUGGAAGCGGGGCGUAAUCAAAUGUCACUAAUAUCAACAAACAACCGCUAUCUUCACGAUGCGUUGGUGGUCCUCGCUGAACGCUUGGUGAAGACUUUGCCGGAACCUUUAUCGGUCUGUUUCUUCGUCAACUCCGGAUCAGAGGCCAAUGACCUGGCCUUACGAUUGGCAAGAGUUCACACCAAAAACAAGGAUGUUAUCACUCUAGACCACGCGUAUCAUGGCCAUCUCACUUCUAUGAUUGAUGUGUCUCCCUACAAAUUCAAUUUACCCGGAGGGCCAGACAAGCCAGAAUGGGUCCACGUGGCCCCAGUCCCGGACGUCUACAGAGGGAAAUAUAUCUAUCCCAAUGAUGGUCAAUCGGAGGAAGAACUAGGUCAAAAGUACGCCGACGAAGUGGGCAAGAUCUGUGAACAAUUGAAGAAAGAGAAACGCCGGGUGUGCGCAUUCAUCGCUGAGAGCCUACAGAGUUGCGGCGGGCAAAUCAUCCCCCCUAAUGGCUAUAUGAAACGUGUUUUUGAGCACGUACGCGAGGCCGAUGGGGUUUGCAUCGCCGACGAAGUGCAAGUGGGUUUCGGCCGCGUCGGUACCCACAUGUGGGCAUUCGAAACGCAGGACGUGGUACCCGAUAUCGUGACCAUGGGUAAACCCAUGGGUAACGGACACCCAGUCGCUGCCGUUAUCACUACACCUGAAAUUGCCAAGAGUUUUGCUGACACCGGUGUGGAGUACUUUAAUACGUACGGAGGCAACCCGGUCUCCUGUGCGAUCGCAAACGCAGUCCUCGACGUAAUUGAAGAGGAACGUUUAAUGGAGCGCGCUCAACGUGUCGGAAAUCACCUCAUAAACAGAUGCGAAGCGUUGAAGCAUAAACACCGUCUCAUUGGUGAUGUCAGAGGUCGUGGGUUGUUCGUUGGCGUGGAAUUGGUUACUGACCGGGAGACGCGGACGCCCGCGACUGCAGAAGCGAAACAUAUUGUCAAUAGAAUGCGCGAAGAGAAGAUCCUGAUAAGCCGCGAUGGUCCAGACAGCAACGUGCUAAAAUUCAAGCCACCGAUGGUGUUCAGCACACAGGACGCCGACCGAUUAGUCGACACGCUGGACAGGAUGCUGGCUGAGCUCGAUGGCCAGAGUAGACCCGUCAGCAAUCUCACGCUUGAGGUCCGCGUGACACCUAUCAACGAUAACACCCAAAGCAGUGACGCAUUGAGAAAUAGUCAUCUACAAACAGUUAAAACGGCAGGUUAACUUCUUCUUUACUUACUAUGUAGGUACAUUAUAGUAUUUUUCGAAUAUUAAAUGUAAAUAUGGAAUUAGGUGUAAUUAAUAUAAGUUUUAUUGUAAUUAGGUUUUGUGUUUAAAUGUUAACUAUUUUGUAUAGGCUACCCUUAGAAUAAUAACGCAUAGAAACCUAGUCCGCACACGCUAAGUGAGGCAAAUUGAAGCGCGCCCAAUGGGCCUGCACGAGCGG